AUGGCGUCGUCGAGUGGGCGACGGCCACCGGCUUUUGAUUCGGACGAGUACAUUACCAUUGCCACGGCUCAGGCGCUGGCGCAGGGGGCGGUACAAAUGCAAUGCAUGUCCAUCAAGGAAGCUCGUCAGGCUGGGAGUGAAGGUGCCUAUUUGACUCUGGACGCCAUUCAAUCCAUGGCUCGAGCUGCUUUCCGCUCCGGACACCUGCGCAAAGAAGAGGCCAAGAAACUCUUCAACGCACCGCGUGACGAGGGCAUUUACAUUGAGGCCUCAACACUUCAGUCGAUCGGGCAAGCAGCAGUCGACGGUGGAUACAUGACAGCCGAGCAGGCACGGGUACUGCACACUUCGCGAGAGCCAUUAUAUUUGGAGAUCCGCAGCGCCUCCAACAAAGCCGAGGAUCUCUAUCUCGCCAUCGGCGACCUUCGAGCCCGCGAAGAUGAUACGGCAUAUGGCUUUCCCACAGAAGACGAGUCACGGCCUCAGCAGAGCCUAUACGAUCAACUUCCCGCCGGCAUGACUCAAGGGCAUUACGAGACGCUGCCCUCCGAGCUGGCCACGCAGCGAUCAGCCUCGCAGAGCAUGCCCGGAACGCUAAAACCGGGACGCGGUCUCUUUGACAGCAACUUGAAAACGGCCUCACUCACGCCCGAAAGCAUUCGCUUGUCCUUGCUUCAAGGAGAUCUCGGCCCGCUGAAAAUGGCUCUGAAGGAAGAAAACAAAGAAAAGCGGCGGCGGCAAAAGGAGCUGGCUCGGCAGCAAAAGGAACAAGUUCAAAAGUUGGCUCGUGAGGAGGCCGAGCAGCGUCGGCUGGCCCAACAGGAUGCCAAAGGCAAGGAGUGGGCCGUGCUCAUGCAUGAUCGCCGACGCCAAAAACAGCAGGAGAAAGCUCUUCGACAGGCAGCUGAGGAGGCCAAGAACAUAUGCGCAAGGCGGAAGGAGCGAAAACAUCCCAGCCGCCAGAAGAGUCUGUCAGCCCGAAAGGCGAGCGGCGGCGUCUGA